AUGUAUUUUCCCAAUCCAUCUCUUCUACCAAAUGAUGAAUUACGCGACCGCUUGAGCAAACUCAGGCACGUUCGUACCCUCAUCUUGUUUGAAGAGGGUUCCUCUGGGGAGUUCUUUCUGGAGAUGUGCAUUUCGCGAUUCAAGUACUUGCGAGUGCUAUUGCUACACGGCUCUAGCUUGGACCAACUGCCUAGUUCCAUUGGCGGUCUAAAGCAUUUGAAGUAUCUUAGUUUACGCGACAACGACAAUAUCAAGAAACUCCCCGAAUCGGUCUGCGAGCUUUGCAAUCUGCAGUGCUUAGACCUUCUCGGGUGCACGGAACUGGAGGAAUUGCCUGUAGACAUGAAGAACAUGAUCAGCCUCCGCGUUUUGUGGAUAACCACGAAACAGCAGCGUCUCCCGGAGAGUGGAAUAGGAUGCUUGACCUCUCUGCGGUGGCUAAUCAUUGGAGGGUGCGAGAAUUUGGAGGCCUUGCUCGAUGAUAUCCAAUUGCUCACGUCGCUCCGUAAGUUGUUCAUUUGGAGUUGUCCGAAAUUGGCCUCCUUACCACAAGGCAUCAUGUACAUGAAGGCAUUGGAGGAUCUCUGGAUUGAAGACUGCGACAACUUGAGGCUGCCAGAAGGCCAAAGUAACGAGCCAUGCUCCACGUCGAGGCUUCGAACCAUCACAUUCAGGAGAAUACCUGGGAUAGUUUCUUUCCCCGGGUGGCUCAAAGGUUCUGCAAGUACACUGCAGAGGAUAAGAAUUGAGGAUUGUCGCAACUUGAGGGUAUUGCCGGAGUGGCUGCAAAAUUGUUCUUCUGCGAGAACACUGGACAUUGAAGGCUGUCCGAGAUUGUCCCCUUUACCGGAGGUCGUCCGCCACAUUGCCACAUUGACAGAGCUGCGGAUUACCGACUGCGGGGAGUUGAACAAUUCUGGAGAAGAAGACAAUUUACCUAAAGCUCCCAUCAUUCCGCAGAAAAAGAUUGACAACCUUUUCACAGAAGUAUUGACUUAUUUCAAAUAA